UAGGGGUAUUUUGGGGGUAGUGAACUUGUUUUGGGGGUAUAGAACUCCUUUUGGGAGUCUUUGGGGUAUUAAACUUGUUUUGGAUGUAUUCUGGGUGUAUUUUAGGGGUACUAUGCUUGUUUUGAUGUGUAUUGUCAUUUUACAUGCGGUGUUAAAUCAUUUUAAAGUUUGUUUUCGAGUUUCAUUCUGAUACAACUUCAAUGUUCCAUCCAUACUAUUAAAUCUUUUUGUUUUCUCUAUUGUUUUAGGUUUGUGCAGUUGAUAAAGGUCUUGAUCUGAGUUUUGGGAUCUAAAGCCUGUUCAAAUCAGGUUCAGAUCAUGGCUUUGAGUUCUACAGAAGUCACUGUUUCGCCUAAGGUAUGCACAGCUGCACCUCCCACCCCCAACCUCAAACGCAAGCAACUAAUGUGGCAGAAUGCAGUACGUCACAUUAUCGACCAACGAGGAAUGCACCACGAGGGACGAGCAGCCAGUUCUCACAAAAUAACUGUUACUGAUGCCUACAUCGAUGACAUCAACAGGCAGAUUCGUAACAAAGCUACACGGGGCAAUGCUGGCACGCACAAGCGGCGCUCCUCUGCGGCCCGCAUCCAUCCAUUACGAGAGCGCAGCUCCAACUCCACGCGGAAGUCCACCGACUCGCUCAGUGAUGUAGACUUCUUUGUAAGCUGGGGCUCCACGGUGCGUGGAGUCUUCCUUCCUGCUCUCCACCACAAGUUCAAAUCUCAUGAUCUCGAGCGUCUGUACCAGCAGCAUUCAUCUGGUCAGCGCCGAACUUCCCUUGUAGUCACUAAUGUCAUCGAUAUCCUUACCAAACUCCAUAUUCUCUUUAUAUACCUGGCAGUUGCCCCUGAGAUGGUGGACUCUCAACAAGGAUGGUUGGCUGGGCUCUUCAUGGUACUUGGAGCAGUCAUAUGCAUCUUAGUUCUGAGCUGUAAAGGACUGAUGUCUCCAGAUAACCUGCGCUAUGCUGGGCUGGUGAGCUGGCUGUCUCAGACUGUUCAGGUACUGGGUGGUUUGGUAUAUGGAUUGGAGAAGGAACAGACCUGGUAUGUGCUCUUCACUCUGUUCACCACCUACACGCUAUUGCCCCUACCUCUUCUGUGGUCCAUCUGCACAGGGUUCCUCACCGCUUCCUUGCACCUUUUGGUGGAUGCCCUUAGGAACUACGAUGACACAGCCAUUGUAAGAAAGUUACUAGCGAAAGGUCUGUUGUACAUGGGUAUGAAUACUGCAGGGCUGUUCAUCCACUACUUAUCGGAUCGUGCACAAAGGCAGGCCUUCCUUGAGACGCGACGUUGCAUUGAAGGACGAGUCAAGAUGGAGCAAGAAAACAAGAGACAGGAACGCUUGGUGAUGUCCAUUCUUCCUCGAUUUAUUGCUAUGGAGAUGAUUAGUGAUUUGACUGCUAUGGAUGAUGAAUUGCUUCCUCAACAGUUCCAUAAGACCUACAUUCAUCAAUACAAAGAUGUCAGUAUCCUCUUUGCUGAUAUAAAAGGCUUCACCUCUCUCUCCAUGACCAUGUCGGCUCAGGAAUUGGUGCGCACGCUCAAUGAGCUAUUUGGUCGCUUUGAUCGCCUUGCUGAGGAGAAUCACUGCAUGAGGAUAAAGAUUCUUGGCGAUUGUUACUACUGUGUGUCUGGGGUCCCAGAGCCCCAAACUGCACACGCUCGCUGCUGUGUGGAGAUGGGUCUGGCCAUGAUCAACACUAUACGUUAUGUACGCAAGGAGUUACAGAGAGAUGUAGACAUGCGUAUCGGGAUCCACUCUGGCUCGGUUCUGUGUGGGGUUUUGGGUCUUCAGAAAUGGCAGUUUGAUGUGUGGUCUUGGGACGUAGAUGUUGCCAACAUGCUAGAGGCUGGAGGAAUCCCAGGGAGGAUUCAUAUAUCACGAGCAACCUUGGACUGUCUAGAGGGUGUAUAUGAGACAGAAGAAGGUCGAGGCCAUGAGCGGAAUGAGUUUUUAUGCAAACACAAGAUCGACACCUUUCUGAUCUGCCAUACACCUCAGGAAGACAAGGAGCCCCCUAAAGUCCGGAGAACAAGCAAAGAUGAGACUUCAUGGAGUGCUGAGCUUCCUUUUGAUAACAUCAUUGGAAUGAACUGCAUCUUAGCCACUUUCACCAAUGGCUCCCUGGUGCAGUUGCCCAAUCAGCUUAUUCCCCAUUGUGCCGGGUCUCGAGAAAUCAACAAGAGAAUCAAGCAGGCCAUCGAGGUGCGCAGUAGUGAGCGAAUGCGCAAGGAACACAUCACACCCUUCACGUUGGUCUUCAAAGACACACACAUUGAGGGAAAGUUUUCUCAGAUGAGAGACGAGAUGUUCAAGUCCAACUUAGCCUGCUCUUUCCUCGUGCUUCUCUUCAUCAUGGCUGUUCAGGCCCUCAUCCCCUCACCACAAAUCUGUCCUAUGGUAAUCCAGUUUUUAGUAUUCCUGUUUGUCUACAUGCUACUGCUUCUGGUCACACUGGCUGAGGAAUUUAAGCGCUCCCCACCAUACUUACAGCAUCUGUGCUGCUGGAUCCAUGAGACCAAGAGCAUCCGUAACCUGCUCACCCUCACUGCUAUUGCUAUUAACUUCGGUGUGGCCUCCUGUGAUAUUUUGUGGUGUAACACAGUUGGAGAGGCUGAGGAAAGUAACAAGAUCUCCAAACAAGACUCACAGUGGACUGUGAACAUCUGCAACCAUCCUGAGUUCUUUGUUUUGAGUGGUGUGUUGGCCAUGGUGACGUGUGCUGUGUUCCUCAGACUCAGCUGUCUGUUGAAGUUGGCAGUACUGAUGUUAGUCAUUGCAGUUUACACAUACCUCAUUGAGGUAGCCUUCCAUGUGCUCUUUAUCCGCCAACACCAAAACGGCCAAAUUCAGAGAUCUCAGUACCUCAGACGCAAAGGCAUUUCUGUGUUGCUAAUGGCCAUGUUUGUUGUGGUCGUCCUAUACAACAGUAGACAGUUAGAAACUACAGCCAGGCUUGACUUCCUGUGGCGUCUGCAGGCCAGGCAGGAAGUGGAGGACAUGAAGGAACUGAGGGAGCAUAACGAGUGUCUGCUGUACAACAUUCUUCCUGCCCAUGUAGCUCGCCACUUUCUAGAGAGAGACAGGAACAAUGAGGACCUGUUCUCUGAAUCAUUCGAGCGAGUUGGGGUGAUGUUUGCUUCCAUUCCAGACUUUACAGAUUAUUACGAGAAGAAAGAGUUGAUUCAUCAAGAUGUGGAGUGUCUGCGGCUUCUUAAUGAGAUCAUCGCUGACUUUGAUGAGCUACUGGAAGAGCCUUACUUCGAGGACAUAGAGAAAAUCAAAACCAUUGGCAGCUGCUACAUGGCUGCUUCUGGCCUGUCUCCUGAAAAACAGGAAUGUGAAGAUGAGUGGGCUCACCUCAGUACGCUGGUUCUGUUUGCUUUGGCCAUGCAAGAAACUUUGAAAGAAAUAAACAAACGUACCUCAAACAACUUCCAGUUGCGUGUCGGUAUUUCUCAUGGGCCUGUAGUCGCCGGGGUGAUUGGCGCCACUAAGCCCCAGUAUGAUAUUUGGGGCAUGACUGUGAAUCUUGCUAGUCGAAUGGACAGCACAGGGCUCAGUGGGCGUAUUCAGGUCCCAGAGGCCACGAGCCGUAUCCUAGCUGACCACGGCUUUGUGCUACAGCUUAGAGGAGAUAUCUACGUCAAAGGGGUUAGCGAGCGACGGGGAGGGGUCCGCACCUACUUUGUUAGCAGCAGGGAACAGAGCUCAAGCUACGGCGAGAGAAGCACCAGCAGAGGGAUCUCUCUCGGGAGGAACACCCUCGCUGCUGUGGUCUUUUCCCUGGUGCAGGCCCGCAAGAAAGAGGAGUUACGAGAGGCCAAUGGAGGCUUUCAUCUCAUGGAGAUAACAUGAGUUCUGAUUGAAAACUGGACAGGAACCAUAUUCAAUACCUCUUUUAGAGACUCUUAUGUCUCUUUCAUGAGUCAUUGCCUUUAAGUGAUUUUCCAUGUUCUCUUCCUGAAUAGUAAUAACUUUAUUUCUCUUGUAUGACCAGAAUUCUACUAAGCCAUAUACUAAUUUUUAAACGAUAAUUGGAUUAAAUACAACUGGCCAGCCAUUGGGCAAUCAUUUAAGCCAACCGCUGGGUUAAAACAACACAGUCGCUGGUUUUGUCCAUUUUCAACCCAACUUGGGUUGUUUUUAACCCAGAAUUUUUGUGUGAUUAUAACCGUUCAUUUAAUUGGAGAUCAUAUUCAUAUGUACUAUGAUGCUCAACUAUCACUGAUAACAUAAAUGUGCAAAUGGAGAAUGAAGGGUGCGAGGACACCCUCGCUAAACUAAUUAGCUGAUUGCCUGAUACAGUUGUAUUGCUCAUUAACACUCUGGAAAAGCUAUAAAUCCCAGGAUUAUUGUUCCAACAUAUCUGAUUUUCUAUGAAAAGCAUGUAACAGAAUAUUUAGAUUCAUAGCUUUUACAAUUUUUAGAUAAUCAACCGUUUAAAAACUCCCCUUAUAUUAUGUUUACAUGGUAGUGGGACAGGAAAAAGUUUUAAAGCUUCUGUCUCUAUCUCUUCUUUUGUUUUAAGGGGUCAUACUUUGAUUUUAUAGUGGAUAAUAAUAUACCUAAGAAUGUAAAUCGACUUAUUAUUGACUUUGGAUGAAAAUGAAAAUGUAAAAGAAACACUACUAGAGCAGGAAGGACAAUGCCAAAAAUCUUUUUGUACACUUAGAUAUUUCUGGGACACACUACCACAUGUAAGCCAACAAAUGAUGUUGCCGUGUAGGAGCCAUGUAAUAUGAAUGUCAUGUGACCAAGGGUAGAAGGGGAGUGUUAUUUAUUAGGUGGGGUUAAAACACCUGUGUGUGUGUGUGUUUGCAUGGAAGAAUGGGGGUGAGUGCGGGAGCACAUAUUUUGGUUGACUGUACAAAGCUUUACAAAUAAAACAAGGUGCAAGUAUAAAGGACUGGAGUGUCACAGAAGUUAUUUUAUUGUGCCGCUACACUAAGUAUGCAACAGCGUGUACAAUUUUUGAAAAAUAUAAAUAGGGAUACUUAAUAUAUUGGUGAGGGGUACAUAAUAUCUUCCAAAAUCAUCAUUUUUAUUUUCAAUAUUUGUCUAAUUAGGCCAUUAUUAGAAACAGGCAAACAAU